AUGAUUAGCAGAGCUUCAAAUGUAUUUAGUGUUACGCGCCAUCACAUUUCCAGUAGUGCAAUCGUUUUCAAUUUUUCAGUCAGAAAUGUUGUCGCAUGUAGAUUGUCUCCAGGUGCUACGUGUGUUGUAAACUGGAGAUGUAAGACGGGAUAUCCUAAAUUUGUUUCGUCGGAUAAGAUACCUCGUGUCCAGCCGCUUUGGACCCUCCCUUCACGUUUACACUUUCAUGGUUCAUCAGAUACUGAACUGAAACCGGAUUCAGAACAGAAACUUGUGAGUGCUAAUGAGUUACGAGUCUUCAUUCUGAUAGAUAUAAUUCAUUUGAUGCCUCUUAUUUUUCUGUGUUUAUGUAUUUCAGUCUACUUUACUUGA